GGCCCAUUUUGUGUCUGCUGGACGACCUUGCCGUCAAGUCUUGGUGUCACUCUCGGAAUCGACUACACAAGGCUGCUAGAUAGCUACCUUGUUGUAAGGCAAGAGGAGGCAACCACGGACAAGGGGAAGAGCACCAGUCACUGCAAGGAAGCGCUAUAGCAGGUGGUCAGAAAUUUAUCUAUGGCGACUAUAGUUGUUCAUCAAAGGUGUGUGGGUCCUAAGCCCAUGACCUGUGCAGCAGUUUAGUCUCACGUAUAUACAUGCAUGUCCUGUAUGGGGG